CAUUGUGUUCUUUCCGCUACGGAAUCAGAGCUCAAGGGUUUCCGGAAAAGUUCCACUUUGACUCGCCGGAGAAGAUCGCCGUCUCGCCGUCGUUGAUGGAUUCCUGUUUCCGACCAUCUUCUCAGCUGAUCGGCUUAGCAAUACCGUCUGAUUUCAAGAUCAUCCUGUCUCAGCCGUUGUUUCUCUUGUUCCCCUCUCGAUCGACGCCGUGGUUCCGUGAUUUGUGGAUUGGGGUUUCGAAAUAGCCAGAAAUAGAGAGUUUCGGAAGCGAUUUAGUCUCAUUAAAGUAAAGCAUCUGGUUUAUUGGAAUUGACAGCAAAGAACAUUUUGUGUGGCUACUGCAUUCUUGCAUUAAUCACUGAAGAGUAUAUUCAGUGUUGAUACUCAAGAUGACCAUUACUAAGAGGCCAUUAAAUUCAAAUAUGCCACGGCCAUUGAGCCGAACCGCUGGUUGGACUGCGUUUGAUCAUAAGCAAAGAAAUAAAGGAGUUGCUGGAAUCACAUCUGAUUUGGAACCUUUUCCUUCACUAUCAAAUAAUGCACCUUCAGUCCCUGUGAAGAAUCUACCAGCUGGUUCCAGUGUUGGAAUAAAAUCGUUUGCUUCGGUAGUACAACCUUCUAGAGGAUUUCCGCUGCUUGAGGGACAAUCCAAAGGGGAGAAACAAUAUGGCAGUUCUGGUGCUGUGUGUCAGGGUCUUCAAUUAAAUCCCGAAAGCAGUGUUCAUGCUUCGGUUAAGUGGCUGAAAGGCAUUCAUGGUUGGGCCAAUGAAAGUUUGAUUGAGGAUGUCUUAACAUCUGUUGAUUAUGAUGUAGACAAAGCUUGUCUGCUAUUGAAGUCAAUGGUUUCCCCUGGCCCGGAAGAAGAGGAGGCAAACCUUCCUGCACAGAAUACUUCUAUCAUGGUCAAGUGCGAUGGUAAAAACAGAGGAUCCAGUGAGAACAUUUUAUCAGAUAAUAAGCUUGUUGAUGGUGCUAAUGACUUGCCAGCAGUAAAGCAACCGUGCUUUGUACUUGUUGAACCUGAGUGGGAAGAGGAUGAUGUCUACUUUAGCCAUAGGAAAGAUGCUCUAAGAAUGAUGAGGGUGGCAUCUCAGCAUUCAAGGGCUGCCAGUAAUGCUUUUCUGAGGGGUGAUCACUCUUCUGCACAUCAACUGUCUUUGAAGGCCCGAGAUGAAUGGAUUGCUGCUGAAAAACUGAACCACAAAGCAGCGGAGGAGAUUCUGCAAAUCAAUAAUCGUAAUAAUGAUUUGUGGAAGUUAGAUUUGCAUGGUCUUCAUGCAUCUGAAGCAGUGACUGCAGUGAAGGAGCGCCUCCACCAAAUCGAAUCCCAGAUUUUCACCGACUCUUCAGCUUCCUCUGAGGGAUUAACCAAAACACUGGCUGGUAUGCCUAGGUCUCGAUCCGUUGAGUCUCUCAGUAGUACUGUUAAAGAUUCUGAGGAUAUAAGAACUAAACCCCUCUCCUUCCAAAGACAAUCAGUGUUAAACAUUAUAACAGGAAUGGGCAAACAUAGUGGAGGCCAAGCUACUCUUCCUUCAGCUGUUAGAAGCUUCCUUAUUGAAAAUAAGUACCGGUUUGAUGAGGCGAGACCAGGGCUGAUUUCUGUUCAUCCUAGGUUUCGGCGUAUGUAAUAAUCAUUGAGUCACUGAUUAACUGUAUUAUUAUGAAUUAUUAAUUAGAAUUUAUUUCUCA